AUGUCAGCAUGUCAGCCAAUCCAUACACCUUUAGAAGAAAAGGUAAAUCUGUGUAUUGAACCUGAUCAAGUUCCUGCUGAUAAAAGGAGAUAUCAAAGACUUGUGGGGAGAUUGAUGUAUCUAUCUCACACAAGGCCAGAUCUUGCUUAUGCACUCAGUGUUGUUAGUCAAUUCAUGCGCAAUCCAGAUUAUAGAAAGGUUGUGGCAUAUACAGAUUCUGACUAUGCAGGAGAAAUAGAUGGCAGACGUUCUACUGCAGGCUACUUUACCUUUGUGGGAGGUAACUUAGUUACUUGGAGAAGUAAGAAACAAAAUAUUGUUACACGAUCAAGCGCACAGGCUGAAUUCAGAGGGAUGUCAGAUGGCAUUUGUGAAACUUUGUGGUUGAGGCUUCUCCUUAAGGAUUUGGGGGUUCCUCUCAAGGAUCCCAUUACUUUGUAUUGUGAUAACAAAGCUGCGCGUGAUAUUGCUCAUAAUCCUGUUUAG